AUGGGCUGCACUUGCAGUGGCCAGAAACCAAAAGAGGAAGGAUUCUACAAAAAAAAACCCAACUCUCAUGGUUUCAACUCCUCAAAUCAUACUGAACAAAAAGCAAACUCCUACUCAGUUAACGAUGAAAAUGUGUUUGUGGCACAGCACAACUUUAAAGCGACCAACGAGACGGAUCUGUCUUUCAAAAAGGGAGAAAAUCUCAAAGUUUUAAAAGAAAGUGGAGAAUGGUGGCUCGCUAAGUCUUUGAUCACUGGACAAGAAGGUUUAAUCCCAUCUAACUAUGUAGUCAGAGCAGAUACGCUGGAGGAGGAGAAGUGGUUUUUUAAGGAUUUGAGUAGGAGGGAGACUGAACGACUGCUUUUAGCCCCUGGGAAUAAACCAGGUGCCUUUCUUGUUCGAGAGAGUGAGACCUGCAAAGGGUCGUACUCACUGUCAAUCAGAGACUGCGAUCGAGAGCAAGGAGAUGUGGUAAAACACUACAAAAUACGCUGUUUGGACAAAGGUGGUUACUACAUCUCCCCUUCCAACUCCUUCCCGUCCCUACAGGAGCUGGUCAAAUACUACAGUCGCACAGCAGAUGGGUUGUGUCUGCGGCUGUACGCUCCUUGUAAGCCAAAGGCCCUUCAGCAGCCGUGGGCACAGGAUGAAUGGGAGAUUCCCAGAGAGACGCUGAAGAUGAUGAAGAAACUGGGGGCUGGGCAGUUUGGAGAAGUUUGGAUGGGCUUUUAUAAGAACACCCAGAAAGUUGCUAUAAAGACCUUGAAGGAGGGAACGAUGGAGCCUGAGGCCUUUCUGCAGGAGGCCAACCUCAUGAAGCAGCUGCAGCACGAACGACUCGUACGACUGCACGCUGUGGUCACGAAGGAGCCCAUUCUUAUUGUGACUGAGUUCAUGGUCAACGGAUGCCUUCUAGACUUUCUAAAAACACAAGAAGGGAAAAUGCUCAAGAUGAAUAAGCUGAUCGACAUGUCAGCACAGAUAGCUGAGGGCAUGGCGUACAUCGAAAAGAAGAACUACAUCCACCGUGACCUGCGUGCAGCCAACAUACUCGUCAACGAGACGCUGCACUGCAAGAUAGCAGACUUCGGCCUGGCCAGGAUCAUCGAAUCUGAAUACACGGCACAAGAAGGUGAGGAAUGUACCAACACAUAG